UUCGCGCGUGCAUCAGCUCGCUUCCCAGGAGGAUUUGCGCUGACUCAGGCCGGCAUGAUUGGAGACUUGCGCCGGGAUGCUCGAUCGCCGUCCGGGUAUGUGCUUAACGGCCGGAACUUGGCAGGGUCACUCCGGCAUCGCCCAAACACCACUACCAACCAUCUCUCCCACCGCGACCACCGCAACCCACCCUGCACCGCCGCAAUCGCGCAAUGAGAAAAAAAGGAACAACGGGGAAGACGCGCCGCUUGGCCCGUGGCGCCUGCGUGGCUGCCAGCGCCGCGCCGCACGUCAGCAAUCCCCAUCUACCAACACACCACGCGCACGGCCCCGGCCUCUACUCUGCUGUACAUAUUGCCGUUGUAGGCCACCACCCGCCCCCCGAAUCAACGGUUCGGGAUCAGGGGGGGGCUUUUCCUCGGCUGAUCUGCUGCAUACGAGAUUAUCGCGUACAUGACUUGGGAUGAGAGCUGCUUCAGAAAAAAUCCCAGGAACCAGGAGGACUGCCUCACAUGGCGGUGUCCUGUCCUGACAUCUGCGGACUCUCUACUGGUCGGCGCUUGCGUCGCGCGUGACACGGCGACUCGAUUGCACGACUGCCCUCUAGCGGACGCCAUGGCGGCCGACGUUCGCUGCUCCCCCUCGAUCGCCGUGAUCCCUGUAGCGGCAUGUCUUAAGACUGUCCCGAUCUCAUCAAAUCAGGACGACUCGUGUCAGGGACGAGGGCAU